GCUUCUGGACGAUGGAACCGGAAGUGCUAAAAUGCUAACUCGUUUCCGGGUUUUUUAGCGUUGCAAAAUGACGUCAAUCCUGUGCCACAGCUAAGCUGCAAGCUGAAGGAAAACAGUAGAUAAACGCCCUUUUUUAGUAGGUAUAUAUAGGCUUUUAUUCAAUGCUAAAGCUAGCUGUGGCUUUGUGUUUCUUGUGCCAUUGUAGGUGAAAUGUGAAGCCGAGUUAGUGAGCUGAAAGAGAGAAUGGCUCAGACAUCCAGUAUCCCUCAGGAAGGACACAGUGAAGCUGAACCCAACCAAACACAAACACACACUCCGACACAUCCUCAUGCUGCAGACCGAGCACUACCGUCUGCUGUGACUGACAGCUCUGAGCUUCAAGCCUCUGAUACUGACCAGGUCACUGUGAAAAAAACAAACAGUUAUCCAGAAAUACUUCCUGAUACAUAUCUGUCGAAGGACAAACGUGAUGGUAGGUUGUGUUCUCCGUACCAGGGCCCGGUUACCAAGUCCCGUCGGAAGACCGAUCCGCUGUUUCAAACGCGCUCUGGUUCCAAUCUUAAGCACCUCCUGAGACAGAAGAGCGACAGUUCAACCCGGAACUAUGAAAAUGGAGAUCAUUUUGUCGCACGCCAGGAUCUUACCUCUCGCUCUUCCCAACGCCUCCAGCAGCUAGAACGCACUUUAGUGAGUCUCAGGUCUCAGUGCCGUGUACUGCGUGGAUCAGGAGGCUGUCUGAGAGGCUGCGUUACAGGACUAACUACUUCAGGAGAGGCGGAAUUUUACCACCACCCUCAGGCACCAGCCUUUAGCCAGCACUAUGCACAGCUCCAGAACCUUCUGGAACAACGGGCUCAGCUCCUCUUCCUCCACGAGUAUGGCCGUCGAUGUCGUGCAGCUAAAUGCUUUAUAUCACGAUUGGGUGAUGUGCUGGGGAAAGCCCAUCUCUUAGCCAGCAGGGGUCAAAAUUCAAACGAACAAGCCAACUCUCAGUGGAACCUGGAUCUUAGGGCUAUGUGCGAGGAACUACAAGUCCAUGUCAGACACUGGGACAUGCUGUAUGCCCGAGUGCGCUCUGACCCCUUCUUGCGCGCUGUCGUAUUCAGUCGCACAGAGAUGCUAGGCUCGAUGCAGAAAGGACUGUGGCUGCUGGGACAGCAAGCCUUGCUGCUGAUGGAGAACUGCAUGCACACAGUGCUUAAAGCUUUAGCUGCUGCUCAACUGGUGCGUGUACCCAGAGAUGCCUUAGAGGACUUGCUGUCUGCUCUGGAGCUAUAUAAUCAAGUCAUCGCAAACCCAAGGUCCCAGAAAAGAGCUGCAGCCUGGAGUUUCUUCACCUCUGAUUAUUCUCCGAUCGGAUCAGGUUUGCCCAGGAAACACCUCAGACCUGGAGCAUCGUUAGUGGUGGAAAUCAUGGAGAUCGUGGCACGGCAUCGAGCUCAGAUUGCGGCCAGGCAACUUUACAGCUGGACGUGUCAGCAGACUGAUCUUCUUUCUCUUGCAGGACAAACCAGCACGAAACGGGCAGACUCAGAUUGUCCGGAUCUUUUCGUUCCAUCUACUUCAGACCGAUCUACGUCUAUCCUGGACAAAUCCUCUAAACAGCCACGCCACAGUUUUUGGUCUUCCAGUCAUCUGCCCUUGUUCAUGUUUGCUCAUGAAGAUAGAGAGGACAUUCUGGAAACUUUCUUUCAAGUCUUAGUCUCCUCAACAGACCUCUUAGUGCCACGCAUUUCCAGAAGACCUUGGAGUGCUUCUGCAGAGAGGAGGUGCCGAGCCAGUGGGCGAGAAGAAAAUCCCAAAAUGUAUCUCUCUGGUGUCCAAAACGUUGUUCAGCAGAUGGACCUGAGCAGCAUGGAUGCACGGGGGGCGCUUUUCUCUCAGUACACGGAUACGCUAUGGAGGGAAUUUGGCAAAGCAGUUAUCGAGCGUUUUUAUUACCCGUCUUACAUUGGUGUUUUGGGUGGUAUGAACCAGUGGAACGAUCAGAUGGUGUUCCUUCUGGUCAGAUGGCUAAAGCAAGCUUGUAAAGAAGAAUUGGUUCCAGCUGAAUGCAAGGAUGUCUUGAAUAGAUUCUGCGCGCAUGUUUUAUCUACUGCUGCCUUCAUGCACUGGGAUGCAAUAAUGUGCGAGUCACUGGGUUUAGGAACGAAGGAUAAGUGCUCACCGAGAGCCACGACGGAACCUUCCUCUGUGAGAACCGCGACCAUGGAAGUUGUACUCCAGCUCUUCCCUCCUCUCCUCUCUGUGCUUCAGUUACUACAAACCCCACAAACAAACUUCGGAGAGGAGGAAACCAGGAGCAUUGGUUCGUAUCACCUAGGGUUGCUGCGCAGGGCCCAAGCCACUGUCCAGUCCGCUACGUUCUGGGUUAUGAGUAAAACCUACCAGUUUCUGGCCUCGUGGUCUCUUGCUAAGUUUGUGCUGGUCACACAAGGAGACCUUAAGGCUCUCAAGGAGAUGGUGGAGAGUCUAGUGCAGCAGCUGAACACUGUGGGUGGAAGUACUGAUCAUCAUCGUCAUCUCAUCGUGGAACACGGACUUCAACUAUCUCAUGCAGUCUCACAACUACAAGCCUUCUCUGAACUUGUGCUGCGGAUAUUUUCGAUGGACUGCAAGAAAAUGUCGAUGGAGAUUUUUGAGCAAACGAUGCCAUCAGCAAAACACUGGCGAGUCAACUAUAAAACAGAAUUACCCAGCACCCCGAGUGAUUAUGCAGCCUUUGCAGCUCAAAGUGUGCUUGGCCAGGUGUUCGAGGGAGUGCAGCCCUUACCGGAUGAGACUCGUAUUCCAGCACUGGAAGAGGCCAUGACUGCCUUCAUGGAGGCCUGGAUGGAGCACAUACUCAAACAGAAAAUCAAGUUUAGUGUUCGUGGAGCACUGCAGCUGAAGCAGGAUUUUGACCUGAUUCGAGAGUUGAUUCGUUCAGAGAAGUACAGCCUGAGCGAGGAGCUGCACCAACGGCUCCUGUCACUGCACGUCUUUCAUCAAGCGGACAGCGCCAUAGUGUGCCUGCUGCAGCAACCUGUGACCAAAUCAUACAUGCCCUCUCAAAGAUGGGAGCCUUUCCGACACUGCUGCCCAAACAGGGCCCAGGUGGUGGACCAGGCAGUUGGAAGCCUCAAUAAUCUGGAGACUCUAGACAUCCAGGCUGCUUGUCACCAGGCCUUGACUCGAGCAGAAGGUUCUGUGAGCCCUGAGCUGCUCUCCACAGCUCCACCCGAGUCCUACUUAGCUGUGGCACAGCAGGAGUGGCUGGACCUGCGCAUCCACACCAGCUCUCGCUGGAGGAUCCCUGGUCUGCGUUGUUUCACUAAAUCUGAGCCCUGAAAAAUACCCCGACGACACAAAGUGGUUUGUUUACGAUUAGUAGUAUAUCAGUUUGCACAGUAAUAGACAAUAAUCCUGUACCAAUAUGUUCACUUCCACGUACCAUGUAGACCACUGCUGUGUAAAAACGUUUAAUCAUGAGGUUGACCAAUCGCCAGAGUUGUAAAGUUUACAACUCUGAAUUACCAAUAUGAAGUACUGUGUGAAACACUUUCUUUUAUAAUAUUUCCAACAUAUGCAGAUUAAUACAAGUAGACAACUAUUAACAUAUCUAAAAUUCACUUUGGUACGUAUUAUUAAUAAUACUAGAACAUGUAUUAGAUUAAAGCAGUUCAUAAUCUAAUAUUCAUAAUCUAAGUUUACAAAAUGUACAGAAUGCACUAUAUUAGUUUAGUUUAAAUGCCUUUUUUUUGCAUUUUUAUAUUGUUCAGGUUCUAUGAUAAUGUCAGUUAUGGUAUAGAACGUUAAUGUAAAUGUAAAACUUGUACUAACACUAUGUUCUGAGGAACUGAGAUCGUGAAUCUUGUUUGACUUCAUUGAGUAGUUAUUUGACAAUUUGUAAAGAAAAAGAAAAAAAAACAACAAUAAUGUGCCUUUUUAUGUGUCUGAUAUUGUGAUAGAAAGAUGUUUAUAUUUAUUAAGGGAAAAUACGAAGCAUUACUUAAUAUAAGCCAGCCAUUGUUUUUUGAUCAUGGAAUGGAAUAAAAAUGCUUUAUUUGCA